AUGCCCGCCCAACCUUCGCAUGAUUUCUGGAAUCGCAUAUUCACAAUCUUCGACAAUAAUAAGUUCAACAUAUCGGAAGCUGAAAGAGCGGAUCCAAUCAGUUAUAUAAAACAAGUGUACAACGGUCCUGGCGUUCCUACUUCUAAGCAUGCACUCAUGACCAAGGCACAUUUUACCCAAGAUACUUAUGACGAGCUCAGAUUAAAGCAUGGUGCUGUGUUGAAACAGUUGCCCAAUGGUCUUCACCAAUCCACCUAUAAGAAGAACUCGCGUGGUAUCGUGCUUAUUGGCGGUGGUUGGUAUUCCUGGUUGUCAUAUCUUUCUCUUGUAUCACUCAGGGAAACGGGCUCUAAGUUACCAGUAGAGUUCAUUUUACCUACAUUUCAUGAUUACGAACAGGAGUAUGACUUCUGUCACAAUGUGUUGCCAAAGCUUGAUGCUUCGUGUGUCGUUGUGGCUGAGAAACUCGGUACCGCAGUGACUAGAAAGUGGCUGUUCGGAAGCUACCAAUACAAAGCUUUAGCGAUAAUUGCAUCUACCUUUCAACAUGUUAUUCUUCUUGACUCAGACAAUAUAUUGGUCAAAAACCCAGACUCAAUAUUCACUUCUACAGUCUAUAAGAAACAUGGUCUCAUUACAUGGCCUGAUUAUUGGAAACGUACCAUUUCACCUUUCUUCUAUAGUGUUGCUGGAUUGAGGGUCAAUGAAAAGUUAAGAACAAGAUAUGAUAGAUUUCCUUUGAUUACACCAGUUGCCGUUAACGAAACUGAGCAGCUUCAAGUUCCAUAUCAUGACUUGGAUGGGGCUAUCCCAGAUUUAUCUACAGAAUCAGGUCAGUUGAUCGUGAAUAAGAAAACACAUGGUAAAGCCCUUUUGGUUGCACUUUAUUACAAUGUUUUUGGCCCAGGGUACUUUUAUAAGUUAUUCUCAUUGGGUGAAUUGGGUGAGGGUGAUAAAGACACUUUUGUUACAGCUGCUAUGGUUGUCCGUAAACCUCAUUACCAGGUUAAAUCAUAUAUCCGAACAGUUGGCUACAACGAUGAUUCUAGUUUUCACGGUCUUGGAAUGGGGCAGAAAGAUCCAAUUAUGGAUUACAAUGUUUUUACUGCUGAGAUGAAAAAUUUGCUGAGACUUUAUCAUAAGAAAGACUUACCUAUGGAUAAACAAAUUUCACUUUUGAAGAACCUUGAAGACAAUGUCUUUUCUUCAAGCAGUAACAUUCCAUUGUUUGCAGUACAUUGCAAUGUGAAGAAGGUUAAUCCUGUUGACUUCAUGGAAAGCAAAGAAAUUUACAACAAAAAAGAACAUAGACUUAACGUAAGAAUGUUCAGCGGGUUGACAUAUGUGGAUGACAGAGGCGACCAACCCCGUCAAGUGGAUUUCGAAUACAUGAGAUGGUCAUUCAUGGAUAGAAUUUUAUGCGAAGAUGAGGUCAAGUUCAGCACAUUCGAGAAUGCAAACAUGACUAAGCUUUGUCUGUACCUUAAGAAUACAGUCAAAUGGUUAGCACAACCAGCUCAGAUAUAG